UGCGUGUUCCUGUAGCGUUCAGUUUUCAUCACCAUCAGUCCAGUUUAGGAUUUUGUGCCGUUUUGAAGACGUGCGGAUUGUCUGCCUCUGUUUCGUCGGUUCGGUCUCGGUCUCGGUGUCCAUUCCAUAGUCUCCGGUGGUUCGUUUCGUUUGUUCCGUGAGUGUGUGCAUUCACGUUUUUUGGAUCAUCGUCGGUGUUUGUCGGGAAUAGUGCAGCAGGAGUCGGAGCCACAGCGAAAAAGUGAACUCGGGGGUCGGUCUGUCCGUGUACAGAGGAAAAUACGGAAGAAGGUGAAAACUCGGGAAAAUUGUCUAGCUGUCAUCAUUCGGUCGGGGAGGAAAUUUUCCUACAGAGUGUCUUAAUUGACGACGGGUUUUUUUCUUGUGUUGUGAUCCGUCUGGAAGUGCAUAGAUUCCUCGUGUUCGGUGCAUUAAGGUCAGAAGUGCAAUUGAAGUGUUACUUGUCUUUCUAAUAGUGUCAAAAGUCAAGAUUCCGUACAAGGAGGUCGCUGCAGAACUGCGCUCGUUUUGGAAAGAAAAUUGUGAUUCAUAAAUAUUUCUCGGAUAUUACGCAUGAGUUUGUUUCUCAUCCACGGAGCUGAAAAACACUGUCUGCCGGAUUGAAACCCGUCUGAUGUCAUUGUUAAAAUAAGAAGAAAUAAGAAUAAAGUUCACUGUUAGCUGAAUCUCCCAGAAAACAGAUUAAGUUCGCCAUCAAUUAACGCCGCAGUUUGCUCCGUCCCAUUGAUUUUUGCGGUACUUGUCGAUCUGGCCCGUUCUAACGCAAUCAAACCAACCGAAGUGAGGUUUAUAGUGCAUUAAAAGAAGCAUUCAAAGCAAAUCGAAGAAGAAAAUCAAAAUCAUUCAGCGGAGAUAGUUGAGAAAGGAAAGUAAAUUACUGAGGAAGCAUAUUCUACGGUCUUUCUGGUUCGCGAUUCGCAACAAAUAAUAGAAAGAGGGAGUACCCUCGCUUGCCGGAGUGAAACAAUCAACGUGAGUCUGCGGCUGUUGUGCGAAGUGUAGAGGUAGCCAGCCAACCAAGAAAGAGGUCGGCGGAACUCGGGCAAACUGGCCGCGUUAUUAAUGUGAGAAAAUGUCACCGGCAAGAUUGUCGCUUCGGGAGGAGGACAUUGUUCGGUUGGCUUUGGAGUUUCUGAACAACCGCGAGCUGCACAUUUCUCAACUGUCGCUGGAGCGCGAGACCGGUGUCAUCAAUGGCCAGUACUCGGACGAUGUGCUCUUUCUGCGGCAGCUCAUUCUGGACGGGCAGUGGGAUGAUGUGGUGGAGUUUAUUCAGCCAUUGGAAGCGCUGCAGAACUUUGACAUGAAGCAGUUCAAGUACACCAUCCUUCGGCACAAGUACAUCGAACUGUUGUGUAUAAAGUCGGAAGCUGGUGGACUGGGCGGGCCACCUCUGAUCAACAACGUGGAAGGAGCUGUCGAGGAGGUGGUCCAGGUGCUCGGUGAGCUGGAAAAACUCUGCCCCACCAAAGAAGAAUACUCAGCACUGUGUCUGCUGCUGACACUGCCAAAGCUCGGCGACCACAUGCAGUAUCGGGACUGGAACCCGAGCAAGGCGCGAGUGCAAUGUUUUCGGGAGAUAUUCCCGCUGGUGGAGAAGUUCUUGCCCGGCGAUAAGAAGGCCGGGACGACUCAAUCGGUGUUUGCGAAAAAUGACCGGCUGGUGCAGCUGUUAAUUAAGGGUAUAUUGUACGAAUCGUGUGUUAAUUACUGUCAGGUUAAGGCAACUGGUGCAGCGGAUGCCGCUGCCCACAAAAUCAACUUCUCAAGGGUGCUGGAUGGAUCGAUAGGAUUCACUGACUCCGACCUAUCGUUACUCAGUUGGUUGCAAAGCAUUCCGGCGGAAACAUUCUCGGUUCCGUUCGAGCAGAAAACGCUCAACGUGGACGUGGAAAGACUGGAAAAACCUUCACUCGAAACCUCAUGGACUGAACAUAUGCUCAUCACUCCGAUCAAGCCCAAAACGUUCCCCCAUUCUGUGAUGCCAUUUACGCGGCCCCGCAGUGCAGCGGACAUCAUGACCCGGUCGCUGCUGCCCUCGCUGGACGCCGUAUCAACCUGUCUCAAUCCCAAAGCACCAAACGAAUCGUUUCCCAUGUCCCGUUCGAGUUUCGCCAGUUUCCACUUGACCGGGAUUAAGCCAACGAGCGGCAAAAUGAUGACCUCGAGUGUGGAUCGGCUGUUCGAGAACGGCGACGGCGGCGACGUCUACCGGAGCAGCAACUUUAGUGAAUAUCAGCAGGGACUUCCAUCAAUAGAAGAAAUCGCUUCUGUGCAAUCGAAAUCGCCCGAACUGCAGGCCGUCGCCGGUGCAAUCGUGAAAACCAACGACAUUCACCAGAACAGUGCCGAGCGGGAUAGUCCCAACACGAGCAACUCGACGGCGAAAAGUUCCCGCCGAGAUUCGCUGACGGAUAAGAUUGUGACCACCAGCCAACCAGUGCCAACGGGCCUUCCGCAUCAUAGCCAGCAACCGCCACCGCCGCCACCCUCGAUCGGUCCACCUGGGGGAUCCGUGUCGGCCACCUCAUCAGGCAUUCAUUCCGGAAUCAGUGCCGGUAGCAGCAACAACAACAUUCACCAAGGGCCUCCACAUCCUCAGGUAGCACCACCCCCGCCUCCCAUCGGGGCCAUCUACGAUCAUCCCAAAAACAACGAAUCUCUCGCCAACGGCGGAGGAGGUGGUGAGCUGUACGAAAAAUUCAAACAGCAGAAGCAAAACAAGGAAAGUGAUUACAUCAUGAACGGAAAUCCGACCAUCAUGCCGCCGCCACCCACGUCGCACCCCCCAAGCAGCCAUAGUCAGCAGAACGGAGGCGCCGGACCCGUCGGCAGCAAUGGUCCUUCGCGAUUAUCGCACGUGACGGACGAGAGCAACGGAAAGGAUUUUGAGCAGUCAGACCACAAUCGACCGAAGUUUGUUGCGGUAACGUCCCUGGAAGACGUUCAAGCGGUACGAUGUGCGGAGUUCCAUCCCAACGGGCGCAUCUACGCCGUCGGAUCCAACUCGAAAACCUUCCGAAUUUGCGAGUACCCUCCACUCUCGGAAAUCAGUAAAAGAUGUGAAAGUGGUGCAAGUUGGGAAGACCACACCACCUACCAGCCGACGGUCCUAUUCAAACGAACGAAACACCACAAGGGUUCGAUCUACUGCAUGGCUUGGUCCCCGGUGGGUGACCUGAUUGCGACCGGUUCCAACGACAAAACCGUGAAACUGAUGCGCUUCAACGAAAACCAAAAACAACUGGAAGGCCAGGAAAUCGAACUCACAAUGCACGACGGAACGGUUCGGGAUCUGUGCUUCCUGGAGGAUACAUCCAACAAAUCUAGCCUGCUGAUCAGCGGCGGUGCGGGCGACUGCAAAAUCUACGUUACCGAUUGUGAAACCUCCACUCCAUUCCAAGCCCUGAGUGGCCACGGCGGCCAUGUGCUGUCGUUGUACAACUGGGGCAGCGUGAUGUUCGUCUCCGGAUCAAUGGAUAAAACCGUUCGAUUCUGGGAUCUGAGGACACGUGGUUGCGUCAAUAUGGUUACACCCGCAACGUCACCUGGUUCACGACAAGGGUCACCUGUGGCGGCGGUGUGUGUCGAUCCCUCAGGCCGACUAUUGGUUUCAGGUCACGAGGAUAGCUCGUGUGUACUAUACGAUAUCCGCGGUAACCGGCCGAUUCAGUGCUUCAAGCCACACGCGUCCGAUGUCAGAUCGAUUCGCUUCUCUCCAUCGGCGUACUACCUGCUGACGGCCGGCUACGACAACAAGCUGGUGCUGACGGACCUACAGGGCGAUCUGACGAUGCCGCUUCCCUCGGUGGUGGUCGCCCAGCACUCGGACAAGGUGAUAUCGGGCCGCUGGCAUCCUGUGGAUUUCUCAUUCCUGUCGACGUCCGCCGACAAGACCGCGACACUGUGGGCGUUGCCACCGAUCUAAAAAGGAGUAGGUAUGCUGGAAUGAGUAAUCAGAUCAUGGCACGAUCAGUGAGCCACCGAAAGGUGAUGGAUCAGAAAGUUUGUGUACAUUGUUAAUCGUUGAUCGAUUUGCAUAUGUGUGUAUGAUAAAUAUAGUAUAAAUAUUGGACAAACAAAAUUAUUACCUAAUAUUUAAGGUAAAUGCAUGGAUAAAAACGUGCAUGUGCAAGUAUAAAUUUACCAAAACGAAGGGAUGGAGGAUACAAUUGCUAUGAAGAUUCGGCUAAAUUACAAACAAAAUUUGCAAAACAGUAUCGGCAGUGGUUCCCAAAUGUAUCGCUAUGAACAAGGUUUUUUUUCUUGGUUAUCGUGUCGGCUAAUUUCUCCUAGUUGACGCGAGGAGCAUACUUGAGAUUCGUGGAACUAACGGAGCGAUAAAUGACCGUAUCUGAAUCACCAUUUAUUGUAACAAACAGUCAUUAACUCAGUUACGUAUUAAUGCAUGUAAGUGACAGCUACUAGAUUUAAUGUUAAAUAAAGGACUUUCGUUUAUAAUUAUUAAAAAA